AUGAAUGAUGGUCAGGUUAUUGGCAACCUGAAGAAAGUUGCUAACCUACUGCGGGCAGAGAUCCUGCAAAAGCGCAGCUGGUCAUUUGCCGGGAUAUUUGACAACUUUAAGAAUCCCUCUUUACUCCAAUUCUUCCUAAGUCACCUCCUCUUUGACAGUCAUGUUGUCAAAGUGUUUGGAAUGCGGGAUGAAGAAGCAGACAAAACUGUUGAUGUUGCAUGCCAGUUUCUAGUCCAGAACACUCGCACUGAUCGUCAGGUGAAACAUCAGCCAAAGAAAGACGAUGCCUUUCGGCAAAAUGUCCAAACGCCCCUCUCAAUCGGACUGCCCCUUGCUAUCCACUCUAGAGUGCGUGACAAAAUCCUUGUCCAGAACCCCUCAGAUGUCUACAUUGGGAGUGACUGCUUGAAGAUCCUUGACUUAGAAAAAAUUUCUCUUUCUCUUCCAGAUGCGUUUUUGUGGUAUUACCUGGACAUAUGUGUGUUCACCUCCUCUGAGCUUCCUGACAUAGAGUACAUACUCUCUGCUUAUUUCAAUAAGAUAGAAUAUUUCAGGUUUAACAGCACUGUGGGGAAGUGGGUUGGAUAUGAUGAGUUUGGUAUCUAUACCGCAGAGUUCCUUAACAACGAUCCUGCAGAGAUGGCAGGAAGGAGAGCAGUGAAAGAGACGUACUGCAAACCUAAUAUAGAGAUACGGUACCAAGAUGCACUGGAUAAGACAGCUGAGCCCAGUGUGAGACUGACUUCAGUGACGCCCCCUAGUGGCCGACAUCCGGCCAUGCUGAUGUGCAGUGUCUACAACUUCUACCCCAAAUACAUCAGUGUCACCUGGCUGAGAGACGGACAGCCGGUGACCUCUGACGUCACUUCCACCGAUGAGCUGGCAAAUGGUGAUUGGUACUACCAGAUCCACUCCUACCUGGAGUACACGCCCAGGUCUGGAGAGAAGAUCACCUGCAUGGUGGAACACGCCAGUUUCCCCUCUCCUAAGAAAGUGGACUGGAAUCCCUCCAUGUCACAAUCAGACAGAAACAAGAUCGCCAUCGGAGCGUCAGGUCUGCUUCUGGGUUUGAUUUUGUCUUUGGCAGGUCUGAUCUACUACAAGAGGAAGGCCAGAGGGCGUGUUCUGGUUCCAACCAGCUGA